AUGAGCGCGGCCGGGGCAGCUCCAGGCGCAGCGGGUGCGGUCCAGGGGCUGCGGGUCGACGGGCUGCCCCCGCUUCCCAAGAGCCUGAGUGGGCUACUGCACUCUGCGUCCGGGGGCGGCGGCACAUAUGGGGGCUGGCGGCAUCUGGAACGGCUGUACGCGCAGAAGUCGCGCAUCCACGACCAGCUAAGCCGUUGGUGCGCAGGGGGCAGGGGCGGCCGGACUUCGGGGCUCUCCCCCAAACCUCCCAACCUGGAUGCCGCGGUGGCCUUGCUCCGCAAGGAGAUGGUUGGCCUUCGACAGCUGGACAUGUCCUUGCUCUGCCAGCUAUAUAGCCUCUAUGAAUCCAUUCAGGAAUAUAAAGGGGUGUGCCAUGCAACAUCCAGCCCAGACUGUUCAUAUGCUCUGGAGAAUAGCUUCAGUGAGGAGGAAGAAUAUUUCCAAGAGCAAAAGGGACUCCAUGAUGAGAGGGAGCGAGGCUCUUCGAGGGACAUGCCACUGCCUGUUACUUCACUUUCCAACAGUGACUGGAUACUAGAGUCUAUAUAG